CUUAAAACCCCCUUGUUCUCUAAGUGAAAGAGAGAGAGACAACUCUCUCCCCAAUGGACUUCCCUGGUGGAUUUAUUAACCUGCGACUUCAUUUUAGUUAUCUUUCAGUAAUCAGCAUCUCAUCUCAGAUAGAAGCCAGUUGAAAAGUUAGUACUGCUAAACUGAAAAGAUCCACCUAUUAUUACUGAAGUGAACCCAGACAGCAGUAAGGUUCAGUUUCAGUUGGAAUGCCUGCAAGGGCCAAGAAAAGACCAAACCUAGAGGGAGGGGAUUAAGACAGAAGACGUGAAAAGGUGACGCUUGAUAGGUGAACGACAGAGGAACAGACAUUGGGCGGCGGCGGGGGGUGGGGGGUUCUAUUCCUUUUAAUAUCCUCAUCACCCAAAGAGGAGCCGGAGUCACUUUACCACAGCUGUAUUUUUAGCUGCAGAGAACCAUGAUGCUCUUUAUUCAGCACACCCGUUAACACCGACAUGCCAGUGACGUAUCCUGUUCCAGGUUUUUAAAUAUAUCCUCCUGGUGGGAAGUCCAUGGUGGUGGUGGUCCAAGAGUUGACUUCAAACAUGUUGGAUGUAGAUAACGGAAAAGAAAUCUCUCAUGUUUCAUGUCUGGUCACCAAAUUAUUAACACAGCCGACACAGAGUAAUAAAACAAUGAAGAAUCACUUCCUUUGGAUUUUCGGCCCCCCAUCUCUCAUUUGAGCCCCGUCCUCCCUCCCUCUUGUUAACUCCCUCCUCCCUUCACGUCGCCCCAGGGUGGAGUCAGUCCGUUGGUCUCACCAGUUUCACGGUCGACUUUAAGUUUCAGAGGUUGGAUCAGGUCCUGCUGCUUUCUGUGCUUCUCUUCUUCUUCUUUCACGGAGUUUAGAUCCCUUGAUAGUUAUCCUUAAACAUCCCAAUGGUUCGCAGAUAACUUUUCUCAGUUUUGCUCCAACAAUUUUCAGAAUUUGCCACAGGGACAAACUAGCAAGAUAGGCCAACAUGACAGAUAAACCUGGAAUGCCUACAGGUGGCGGCGACGAUGCAGGGAGCAUCAUGGCUUUGCUGGAACGCGUGGCGGGCCUAAUGGACAGUGUCCAGGCCACACAGCAGCGCAUGGAGGAGCGGCAGCUUGAACUGGAAAACACGGUGAAGAGCAUCCAGACGGAUGUGAUCAAGCUGACUAAUGAGCACGCCAACACCAGCUCCACCGUAGACCGGCUGCUGGAGAAGACACGCAAGGUCAGUCGUCACAUCAAGGAUGUCAGGGUGCGUGUGGAGAACCAGAACCUGAGGGUGAAGAAGGUGGAGGCCACGCAGGGAGAUCUUCUAGCCAAGAACAAGUUCAGAGUGGUCAUUUAUCAGGGUGAUCAGGAGGUAAAGUCUGUUACACCUGGCAAUGAGUCUAAAGAACCCAGUGUCGGUGCUCGAGGAGAGAUAGAGCCAGACAAAUUUGAGCUUCCCCCAGAGUCGGAUGAAGAAUAUAUGGUAGUGGAGGAGGCUGAGUCCUCAGCAGCUGGCCGCAUGAAGAAGACAGGCCUGACGCGCAUCGAGAGCUUCAAAGCCACGUUCUCCAAGGAGAACAUGAGUAAGACCCGUGAAAACUUUGGCACCAAGGUCAACAAGUUUGGGGAACGUAUCGUGACAGCAGAGAGGCGUGAAAAGAUUCGCCAGUCUGGUGAGAGGCUGAAACAGUCAGGCGAAAGGCUGAAGGAGACCAUUUCCAAGAAUGUCCCUGCGAAACUCCAGCUGAAGAAGGAAAGGACUGUUGCAGAGGGACAAGAAGGAGCUGAGGGUGCCACAGAGGGCGCUCUGCCUGUCCCUCCACCAAAGGGACGCAAAGGCAGCCAGGAAGCUGCCAGGAUGGCUGCUGACCAGGGUAAAGCGGAGGAGACAGAGGUACCCAUGUAUGACAUGAAGCAGCUAUCAUAAAACAACAACACAAGGAUAAGAUCUUUGGACUCCUGAAACCACACAGGAAGGAAGCAGAGGAAUUAGACUUAAGUUUUAAGGGCACCACAGUGUUGUGACGCACAGUAAUGAAGUGGAAAUUAGUGAGAGUCACUAAAGAAAGUGCAAACAACGGGAUCUUACAGAUUCCGUCAGAAUGAACAACAAGAAUGUUUUUCAUUAUCAUGUGGACUUAUAUCAAAUCAAAUCAUUUACAUAUGAAUAGACUUUCUCAUGUAUUUUCUCUACAAAAAGACUUUGGUGUUUUGACACCACCUGCUGUUGACUUUGCUCCUGCAUGUGAAUGGUACAGAAAUGUUGAAUGAAAAAGAAAUUGUGAUGGAAAAUGUUCUCAGUGAAAAAGUGAAAUUGUGAAAGUGGAACUUGUAUAGAAAGAGGCAGAGCAAAGUCAGAUGUUAAGAGCUUAAAAAUUAUGGACGUAUGUCAGAAAAAAAACGUAUCAACUCAAAUAUAUAUUUUAAGAGCUGAUAAUAUAAUUCUAACCCCUGAAAGCAAUUACAAUAAAUAUAAUCUAAAGGAUCUUAUAUAUUUAAAAUCUUUUUUUUUUUUUGCUAUAGUAUUCACACAAAACCGUGAUGUAUUUUGGAAUGAAUUUAAAAAAUGACUCCAAAAGUCUUUGUCUCUAAUUGCUCCGUAUUAGUUAAAUAACACUGGCAACAAAUGCAUAGUGUGGAAUAAGAUGGACGCCUGACGAAUACCAUGAAUCAACUGUUCACUUUCAGAGGCAAGUUAAAAAAAAAGUAGCCUUGUCUGGAUCAUCUGAAAUGUGGGCAAAUGCAUUAGAGUCAUUAUCUUUAGGAUUUAUUUAUUAUAUUAAAUAUUGAAGCAUUAGGAACUAAGUUUCAAAAUUAAGUGAGCAGCGUCUCACUGUCCUUGAGCUGAAAGAAUACCAAUGCUAAUGUUUACUUUUUUUGUUUGUUUCCUUUUAUGUUGGUGUGGUAGCUUUGCUGCUGAGUGACUGCAUGGCUGGAGUUUGUCAGUGUAACAUUUAAAGAUACUUGUCAUGUGGAGAAAAUAAAGGUUGAAUAAAAAAAACAACUCAUUAAUUCUUUGGGACCAUAAGCGGUAUUACAAAAAAAUGAACGAAAGCCGAAAGGUAAAUUUAUUAUAACAUCACAGUCGUACCCCUGCAACAGGUUCCUGAGAAACAAUAAUAGUUGUCUGUGUGAGCAGUGCUUUAUCGUUCAUUUUGCUCCAAAUAGGAUAGAAUGCAUGAUUUUCAUAAAAUGCUUAGGUAGUAGAAUGCCUGGUGUUUGCAUCGAACUCUAAUGUUCAUCAAAUGUUCAGAUGUGAGUCCAACAAAUGUUUGUAGUGGUCAUAUACUGUAUGAUUGGUUCUGUUACAAUGAUUAAAGAAUCUCUUUAAUUUAGCUGUCAGCUGAGUCCUGAAACAGAAAUGUGGGGAGCUGUACUGUGAUGUCAUCACUCACUCAGUCACGUGGCGGA